CUCUCUUAUAUUAGACUGCCGGCCGGGCACUUGUAAUCCAAUUAUCCAAUCCGCCGCGCCGCCUAGUUUUCUAGGGUCGAAGAAAAUCCCCAGACCCCGCAGCAUGCCGAGCAACAUGGCGAGCAGCAGCAGGAGUCGAGGAAGAAGAGUAGGAGAGGGGAAGCGGAACAGGCUGGAUGGGCGCUCCCGCAGUCCGGACUACACUUACGACUACAUCACGUACGCUCCCCGGGGGCGACCGCUUCGACAUCCCCGAAGGGGACGACAAGGAGGAGUGGAUCCAAUUCUUCGACGAAGCCACUCGAGCUACCCGGGAGGUCAUCGCGCGCUACGGCGACGGCCGUCCUGCCGACGGCGUCAACCGCGCUUCCUUACUCCCCAAUAGCAGCCACCGCGACGGUUCUAUCUAUACCAUCACCAGCGGUUGGCACAAAGAUUACCGGAUCUCCGACCGCAACGAGACUCGUUUAGAACCGAUGAAUCUCUCAAAUCCAAGCAACUGCUAUCCGAAUCAAGAAACUUGUCUAUUGCAUAUCACACGACCAAUGAUGCAAAUCUUUUCGAUGAAACUGGGUCAAAUUUCGGUGGAUGGUGGUCCGGUUCAAUUAUAUGGAUAUGUAGCAACUCGAGAUACCCGGGAUCGAUUACGUAAUUAUGUGUUUAAUCGGAGCAGGGAUGAUCCCAUCACGUUGGAACUGGGUUCAUUUAUAGAGAUGACUGGCCCUAAGCGAGGUAUCGGGAUGCGCUCUGCUGUUCUAAUAGAGUAUGACAUGAGGAUAAAAAGAGGAGAGCAAGAAGCAGAUGACCUGCAACUGAUUGAUGGAGUAUCAGACUUCUCUGAGUUAACCACACCAAUAUGUAAACCGUUCUUGAGUCGUAUUGAUGGCCUUGGUGGUGCAGUUGACAUUACACUAGCUAUGUUUCACAAGGCUGUGGAGGCAACGAUACAAGUCGACAUAUCACAAGUGCACGGGAGUGGUUUCAGUUUACUUGUUAGUUCUUUUGUUAGUGGGCUAGAAAAAGAAAUUCAGCUCUUUCAUGACGUUGUUAGUCAGUCAUUCGGAUUAAGAAGCUUUGUGGUUGCUGUAGUGUUAGAUACUUGGAUGCAUUUGAAGUUCAAUUUUGCUGCCGAAAGAGGAGGCCUCACUAAUGAAGUUGAACGCUGCAUUUCCUUCAAAGCCAAAAAGCAUGGAUGUGCCAGUCAACAAAUAAAGCUUGAUGAGGCCUCUAUCAUGGUGAAAGUGAGUUGGUCGACUUGGUGAAGUCUCUCCCUACUUCCAUGGCUUCCAUAGAGGUUCCAUAUCAUUUCUGUGUAUAUUACCGGUUUUAUGCUCGGGUUGGUUACUGACUCCAAACUUUUGGAUGUAAC